AUGAGCCUGACCUCGAAUCCACCGUCGUCCGGGGGGGCUCUAUCCUCGGCGUCACAGAGCAGACAGACUUUAAAGAGGAGUGUCCAACAAGCGUUUGAUGAUCCAGUCGAACGAGGAGCAGGUCCGAUCGGAUAUCAAAGUAAGGUGCGAGUUGUAGAUCGUUACAAGGUCAUCGGCUUCAUCAGCAGCGGAACCUAUGGACGUGUCUACAAGGCCGUUGGCCGUCAUGGCCAGCCUGGAGAAUUUGCCAUUAAGAAAUUCAAGCCUGACAAGGAAGGAGAGCAAAUCCAGUAUACCGGAAUCUCGCAAUCUGCCAUUCGGGAAAUGGCACUUUGCUCAGAAUUGAGUCACAUGAACGUCAUCCGGUUAUGUGAAAUUAUACUGGAAGACAAAUGCAUCUUCAUGGUUUUCGAGUAUGCCGAGCAUGACUUGCUUCAGAUUAUUCAUCAUCAUACACAACCAACGAGACAUCCCAUCCCACCGGCAACCGUCAAAAGUAUCAUGUUCCAGCUGCUGAAUGGAUGUCAAUAUUUACAUGCCAAUUGGGUACUUCAUCGAGAUCUCAAACCGGCCAAUAUUAUGGUUACUUCUGGUGGAGAGGUCAAGGUUGGAGAUCUUGGGCUUGCUCGUCUCUUUAAUAAGCCUCUCCAUUCUCUUUACAGUGGCGACAAGGUGGUUGUCACGAUUUGGUACAGGGCGCCGGAACUUUUACUUGGAUCUCGACAUUAUACACCUGCGAUCGAUACCUGGGCUAUUGGGUGUAUCUUUGCCGAACUCCUGUCUCUGCGACCCAUUUUCAAAGGAGAGGAAGCUAAGAUGGAUUCGAAAAAGACGGUCCCUUUUCAGCGAAACCAGAUGCAGAAGAUUGUGGAAAUCAUGGGGUUGCCAAGGAAAGAGACAUGGCCACAUCUGGUUAAUAUGCCCGAAUACAAUCAGCUCCAAACAUUGUCGGCAAGUUCCCACAGCAAGAAUGGAGGUUCAAAUCUAGAAAAGUGGUAUUUCAGUACCAUCAACUCGCAUUCGGCCACAUCAAUGCCCACAUCAAAUGCCUCACUUGGAGCAGAAGGAUACAAGCUUUUAAGCGGCUUGCUUGAGUACGACCCCGAAAAACGUUUGACAGCACAAGCGGCUCUGCAGCAUCCAUUUUUCAGCACCGGCGACAAAGUAUCCGCGAACUGUUUUGAAGGAAUGAAAAUGGAAUAUCCUCACCGUAGAGUGAGUCAGGACGAUAAUGAUAUUCGUACGGGCAGUCUUCCUGGCACAAAGAGAAGUGGAUUACCAGAUGAUUCUCGGCCGAUGAAGAGAAUGAAGGAAUGA